UCGUUACUCGGCAGCUUGUCGCCUAGACAACCGAGUGCAGCUUGAUGGAGUCAGGACGCAAAGGGCUAGUGAAGGCAGAUCCGGGAACGCUGAGCCCGGAGCAGCUGGAGCAGUUGAGAGACUUCAAGAUCCAGACGCGGAUUGCAAAUGAAAAGUACUUGAGAACUCACAAGGAGGUGUCGCUGCUCAUUAGCAGCUUCUUCAGAGAAAUGUUUCUGAAAAGACCAGACAACAUUCUUGAAUUUGCUGCAUACUAUUUCACGGAUCCAAGACUUCCCAACAGAAUUCACAUGCAGCUAAUUAAAGAGAAGAAAGGAACCUAAUUAGCAAAGCCACAAUGCUCCGCUGCUGGGAGAAGCCAGAAGGAAUCCAGCCUUGGGGUCGUCUGGAGUCCUGAGAGCGAGCAGUGUUGUUAUCAGUGUGGGCUUCCGAGCUGUGUGGACCUUGUCCCAUCACGGGGCCUUUAAGAUCCUCAUUAAAUCCAGACCUGCCUGU